AUGCUUCCAGAAGUACGGGACCAGCCUCAGAGCAGCGCACGGCGCAGCUCCAUGCCGCUGGCCCCGUCCAACUUCGGCACCGCGCCGCUGACGUCGCUGGCCCAUCCCAGGCCAGGCGCUACGGCCCCCCGGUUGUAUUCAAACCUCACCCCGGUCGGUCGGCCCUCGUAUGCGCGCGUGGCGCCUGCCCGAGGCUCCAGUGGGUGCCGGUUGGAUUCGAUCGACCUACCCGGCGAGCCCGCGGACCCCGAAGGCCACGGCCCGGGACAUAUGGAGACGAUCGUCGAGAAGUUCAGGCGCUCGUCCACUGCGGGUGUGCCCAGCCGUGCCGCUUUGCCAGGCCGCACGGCCGUGCACGGAGACGUCGGCGGAUCGCCACGCGUUUCGCGGCUGAGUGAUGCGGGCGUGACCAACAACGCGCGCGGCGCGGCGUCGGUUCGCGCGUCACUGGGCGCACAGGACAACAAGCCUGUCCUGAUUCAGCUGGGCGACGGCAACUGCGUGCUGGCGCCGGCAAACGCUCCCACGUGGAUCGGCGACGGCGAGGCGAGCGGGGCGCGCGCGGAGACCUCGCAGGACGGCACGCAGGGCAGCUCUUCUGGGCAGACGAUCAAAGUCACGACUGGCGCUUCUCUCAAGAACCUCCUGGACAAGCCCGCGCAGCCUGCGGGCCUACCUGUGCCCAGGCGACCGUCUGCAGCCAUGGACGACAAGCACGGGCUGUCGGCCAUGCGCAGGACCACCACGCCCCGGUCCAGCCAGGGGCGCAGCUCGGGCGUCGUCGACGCCGCCGGGCAGCGCGUGCCGUCGCUGCGGCCUGCCCUGCGGCCUGCUGGCGAAUCUGUUCUCGCCUCGGGGUCGUCCUUGCGCCCAGAGAAGAACCGCCGCGUGUCCUUCAACCCAGCCCAGGUCGGCGACGCGGUCGGCACGUUCUCGCGCCGCCCGACGCUCGACGCCCUGCACUCUGUGGAGCUCGACGCCGCGGGCUCCGAGGCGUCGUCGUCCAAGUCUCGCCGCGCCACGACCCUCGGCUUCCUGCGCCAGGCACGCAAGGAUAGCGCACGCGCACGGCGCACGACAAUCGCCCCCGAUGAGCCGGUCACCGCGAUCCCCGCGGCCGGGGCAUCCCGUGAGGAGGUGCUCAAGGCGCUGCACAGCAUGACGCUGGAGGCGGCGCUGGCGCCGGAGCCGCGGCCCGAUGAGGCGAAGAAGGAGCGCCGGUCUUGGCUGGCGUCCAUCCGUGGCGAGCGCGUGGCCUUCGGCGAGGGGCACGGCAAGUUUGCGAGCAAGCACACGUACUUUCCGCUGAACGACGGGCGGUACAAGGCGUACCUGCGGGACGUGCAGGGCCUGACGCGCAUCUGGGUGGAGGCAGUGGCGGCAGACGACGCGCGCGACGGCGCGGUGAUGCGGUCGACGCUGGCGGCGAUCGCGGCACGGCGGGAGUCGGAGGCGCUGAUGGCGCACCCGCAGGUGCUGAGGGCGACGGUGGCGCGCAUGGCGUCGCGUGCGGGCGCGCACGGGCCGACGGCGACGCUGCGGGAGCUGCUGUGCGGCGCGUACGACCACGCCACGCCGGUGGAACUCACCUUGCUGCAGUGCGAGGUGAUUGCGCUGUGGCACGGCGGCGACGACUGCUUCGGUCUGAGCGAGGAGGAGUUCAAGGCCCUGGCGCACAUGAUGGCAGCGUUGGAGACGUUCCUGGGAAUUUCCGGGCAGGGCCUGCCGGCGGACGCGCUGGGCAACGUGGCGCUCGGCGUGCACGGCGUGGCGGAGACGGCGCACAUGCGCGUGAUGCACACGCGCAUGAAGACGCUCGAGGCGCGCCACGGCGGGCGGCACCUGGACUUCCGAGGCAUCGUGGACUGGUGGCUGAACGUCAAUGCGCACUCGGGCUUCGCGCUGACGCUGCCGAUCGUCAAGUCGCUCGGGGCCCCGAAGUCGACGCUGCUGCGCGAGGCACUUCGUACGUUUCAAGCCAACCUGCAGCGGUCGAUGGACGAGGCCGGCGACGAUGGGCUGAGGGAUGUGGGCAGUGAGCUGGACCGGUCGCUGUCGCGCGGGAAGCCCCGCAGGCGGAAGUCCUUGCCCGUCUGA